CCACCCCUUGGACCCUUGCGCGCGGUCGAGCCGCAUAAUCCUGCACUGUCUGACGAGUUGAUCGUGGAGAGAGGACAUCAUCUAUUCGUCAUUGGUGAAUUUGCCGACGGCUGGGUGCUUGCAGUCAACAUGUCGCGAAACAGCGAGUGCGGUAUGAUUCCGCGCCGCUGCCUGUUCUUCCCAACG